CACUAAGUGAAUGAAAACACUUGCCAUGUUAUAGAUAACUUAUCUCUCUUUUCACUUACUAUAUAUAGCUGACUAGGUUCUUUAGGUCGCUUUUGAGCAUCUUUGAUCUAUUUAAGGAAAGAUUUAGCUUAAAAAUGAGUUUAGGUGCGUUGAUAAAAGAGGAGAAAAGAGCAGCAACAACAUCGUCUUCUUCUCAGGUACAUAUGCCAAAAGAUAUAGACUGGCAAAUGCUUGAUAAACCAAGAUUCUUCUUCCUCGGCGCCGCUCUCUUCUCCGGUGUAUCCACCGCUCUUUACCCUAUCCUUGUCCUCAAAACAAGGCAACAAGUCUCCCCAACCCGCAUCUCCUGCGCCAACAUCUCUCUGGCCAUCGCUAGACUCGAGGGUCUAAAAGGCUUCUACAAGGGCUUUGGAACGUCUUUGCUUGGAACCAUCCCGGCACGUGCCCUCUACAUGACGGCUCUAGAGAUCACCAAGAGUUGUGUUGGUCAAGCAACCGUUAGGUUAGGUUUGUCUGAUACAACAUCUAUGGCUGUUGCCAACGGUGCAGCUGGUUUGGCCUCUGCCGUGGCUGCUCAGGUGGUUUGGACACCGGUUGAUGUCGUGAGCCAACGGCUUAUGGUUCAAGGCGAUGUCUCGUUGACUUCUUGCAGAUACACUAAUGGGUUUGAUGCUUUUAGAAAGAUUCUUUGCACUGAUGGACCGAGAGGGUUCUACAGAGGGUUUGGUCUCUCUAUCUUGACUUAUGCACCUUCAAACGCUGUCUGGUGGGCGUCUUAUUCUUUAGCUCAGAAAUCAAUUUGGUCUCGGCUCAAGCGUCAAGACGGUGGUGGCUCAGUGGUGGUUCAAUCGCUGAGUGCAGUCACGGCAAGCGGUUGCUCAGCUUUGAUAACUAUGCCUGUAGACACAAUCAAGACAAGGUUACAAGUCUUGGACGCAGAAGAGAAUGGGAGGAGACGAGCAAUGACAGUGAUGCAGACGGUGAGGAGCUUGAUGAGGGAAGGAGGCUUUGGGGCUUGUUAUAGAGGGUUGGGACCAAGGUGGGUCUCAAUGUCUAUGUCCGCAACAACAAUGAUCACAACCUAUGAGUUCUUGAAGCGCCUGGCGGUAAAGAAGCAGACAUGACAUGUUAAAAUCAUUCAUAGACUCAGUUUCUCCUUUUCUUAGGUUUAAAAAUGUUUUCUUCUCUAAAAAAACACUCAUAAAACAUACUAAGGAUCACACCCUAAACACAGAGUUGUUUCCU